AUGACCGACCAAAUUGAAGGUGACCCAAGGUUCAACCCCUUGCAUGGCAACCCCUUCCGAACAAGAGAUGAUGUCGCGAAAGCUGUGACUGAUCUCGUUGAACCACUGCUGCCAAUAUUCUCCGAAGGCAAUGCCCGUGUCCAGCUUGAUGCUUCAACUUCGAAUUGGGAUCGCGCAGCCUGCGACCUAGAGGGCUAUGCCAGACCACUCUUUGGCAUCGCACCGCUUGCUGCUGGCGGCGGUAACUUCAAGUACUGGGACAAGUACAGAGACGGUUUAAAGAACGGGACAGACCCUAAUCACCCUGAGUAUUGGGGUGAUGUACCGUCUAUGGACCAGCGACAUGUGGAAGCUGCAGCUCUCGCCUACGGAAUAUUGGUUGCGCCGCAGCAGUACUGGAAACCUCUUGAAGAAAAAACCAAGAAGAAUGUAACCGCUUGGCUUCAUGGUAGUCGAAAUGGAAAGCACGGGUCAAACAACCACAAGUUCUUCCGCAUCAUCGUGGACCUCGCGCUCGAAAGCGUCGGCGUGCAAGUUGACAGCGCUGGAACUGACGCCUAUCUAGACGAUAUGGAAAGCUUAUACAUGUCUGACGGAUGGUAUCGCGAUGGUGAAGACCCAGAUGAUACCCGUCGUAUCGACUAUUACAAUCCCUUUGCAAUGCACUACUACGGCAUGUUCUACGCCGUCCACCGUCCAUCGGAUAAAGCUCGCAGUGAGCGUUUCAAGGAGCGCGCUCGAACUUUUUCAUCUGCAUUCAUGCAUUGGUUCGCAGACACGGGUUCAAACAUUCCAUAUGGUCGCAGCUCGUCUUACAGGCAGUGCGUUGUUGCAUAUUGGGGAUACUUGGCCGUUGCUGGCAUCGACGCCCUGCCAUGGGGAGUCAUCAAGGGCUUGUACUUGCGCAACUUGCGAUGGUGGGCAUCCCAACCGAUAACUCGUCGCGAUGGGAUUCUGACACUGGGCUAUGCCUAUCCCAAUAUGUUCAUGACGGAGCGUUACUUGUCACAUGGAUCACCGUACUGGGCAAUGAAGGCAUUCAGUCCCCUCAGCCUACCUGCAGACCAUCCAUUCUGGACGGCUGAGGAACUGCCAAUGCCCAAACGUGAAUCAGUAGCUUCGUUCCCCGUUCCAGGCCUAGUCUUCUCGCAUGCGCCAGGACACACUAUCAUGUUUCCUGCUGGCCCCGAUUCGAACAAGGUCAUGCGCUUUGUUCCAGAGAAGUAUGAGAAGUUUGCCUACUCCACUCGCUAUGGCUUCUCUGUGGAGAGCGAUUCUCGCGGCUUUGCCUCUGGAGUGUUUGACAGCAUGAUUGCGUUUAGUGAUGACGGGCUUCACUACCGUGUUCGAGAGCGUUGUGAUGCUGCUAGAAUCACUGGCAAUGUUACCUACACUGUUUGGCGGCCUUGGCCGAAUGUCACUGUUGAGACCUGGCUGAUUCCAUAUCCUGAGUGGCAUGUUCGCGUGCAUCGGAUCAAGUCAGAGCAAAAGUUGAUGACCAUGGAAGGCGGUUUUGCUGCACCAAAAGUCGACUUCAAUUCCGAUCAGACACAUGCCGAUGGAGGCUCAGCCUGGGCACUCUGCAAGGUCGGCGACUUCAGCGGCAUUAUUGACUUGUCUCCAGGUCCUUCGAGAACAGCUCGUGUGAACAAACCUCAUGGAAACACGAGUGUCAUGUUUCCGCGAACACUUGUGCCACAGUUAGAAGGCACAGUCGAGCCAGGUCAGCCCCGUGUCUUCGCCUGUGCAGUUCUCGCCGGCCCAGAUGGGAAAGGUAUGAAAGCGUUAUGGGAUAAACCACCCUCGGCUCCUAGCGUGGAGGAGCUGGAUCAGAUGUUCAAGGAAAGCGGCAGAGACAUAGACAUCGUGAAGCACUACUCACGAGGGAAGGAAGUUUGA